AUCGAUUGUACUUCGCUUCUUUGCGAACAAAACCCAAAUCGACUGCUCACACGCAUUAUUUCUGUGUUGACGAUGAGCUUGUUUACGAAAACUUCUAUGCAGACUUUGGGCCUGUGAACCUGGGGCUGUUGUACCGCUACUGCUGCAAGGUCAACAAGAAACUCAAGUCGUUCUCCCUGGCCAAAAAACGCAUCGUGCACUACACCAGCUUUGAUGCUCGCAAGCGUGCCAAUGCGGCUUUCAUGAUUUCAGCUUAUGCUAUCAUAUACCUGAAGAAAACACCCGAAGAGGCUUACAGGCCCCUGGUGGCUGGCUCAAACCCUCCCUUUCUUCCAUUCAGAGAUGCUUCAUUCGGUCCGUGCUCCUACAACCUCACAUUACUGGACUGUUUACAUGGCUUGAACAAGGCUUUGGUGAAUGGAUAUUUCAACUUUGAGACAUUUGAUGUGGAUGAGUAUGAGCAUUAUGAGAAAGUAGAAAAUGGGGAUUUCAACUGGAUUUUGCCGAACAAAUUCUUGGCCUUUUGCGGACCUCACCCUAAGUCAAAGAUAGAAAAUGGCUACCCCCUGCACGCCCCCGAGGCUUACUUCCCCUACUUCCGCAAGCACAGCGUGUCGGCCAUUGUGAGGCUGAACAAGAAAAUCUACGACGCGCGUCGCUUCACAGACGGUGGCUUCGACCACCACGACCUGUUCUUCAUCGACGGGAGCUCCCCCAGUGAAUCCAUCGUCAAGGCUUUCCUAGAUCUUUCAGAGAACACGGAGGGUGCUGUAGCCGUGCACUGCAAAGCUGGUCUUGGCAGGACGGGCACGCUGAUCGCCUGCUACCUGAUGAAACACUUCAAGUUCUCCGCCGCCGAGGCCAUCGCCUGGUGCAGGAUCUGCCGGCCCGGCUCCGUCAUCGGCCCUCAGCAGAACUUCCUCGAGGAGAAACAGGCGUGGUUGUGGAACAUGGGCGACCGGUACCGGGAGCAGCACGGGAAGCCUCGCAGGGAGCGGCAGAGCUCCGUCUCCAAACUGCUGUCGGGCGUGGACGACAUGCGCAUCGACGACCCCGUGGAGAACGACGUGCGGUUGAGCAACUUGUACGAUAAUCAACUGUACUCCGGCCCCGUGACGCGGAGCAGCGGUGUGGAGACCCAGGGCGACAAACUGAAUCAGCUGAAGCUGCUGAGGGGCAAGCACGCUCGCUCGGCCACCACAGGAGCUAUCGCUUAUGAGGAGGUCAAAGGCCACAAGCGCUCCACGACCCAACCCUCGCGCCAGGUGGGCAGUAAGAGUGCCCAGGGUAUCAUGUCCCCUCUCAAGUCGUCCAAAGUGACGAGUCACCACGCGGCGGGCUCCAACAACUUGAGCAAUACCACGGGCGGCACGCUGGCCGCCAAACGGCAUGUGGCGCGCCAUGGUGCCCCGACCACCACUGCGACCAGUAAAAGGUCAGUGCCGCUCUCCCGUACUACUAAAGUCAGCAUGAUCCGAUGAUGAUGAUGAUGAUCCGAUUAUGAUGAUAAUGAUGAUGAUCCGAUGAUGAUGAUAAUGAUGAUGAUCCGAUGAUGAUAAUAAUGAUGAUGACGACAACGCAGCCCAGGGACUCUGAGGGUUUUUGGCCAGCAAACAUGAUGUCUCACUCGCGGCAGAAAGUACACCACAGCCCCCC